AAGGGGUGAACGAGGAGAGCGAAGGGAAAGAAGGAAUAUCCAUAUCCAAUGGCGCAAUCGUGGGCCGCUCAAUCUUCCUCACAGUCUAAUAACUCCACCGCUGCCGCCGCACCCCACACUACUGCUACCCACUACCCGAAAAGUGCAAAUACGACCACCGUGCAGAAUGCGCCGUCUCCGUCGGAAUUUUUCAAGUGUUCGGUUUGCGAUAAGGGAUUUGAACAAAGUGAGUUUUCCCUUUUCCCCCCCUAUCCGUUUCUUUUCGUGCAGUGCUGGUAUUGCUGCAUAUUUGGCGUUGCCCACUCGCGUACACCCGGCGCGUGCGGAGGGGGAAGGGGAGAAGGAAGGACUUGUACAGUCAGUGCAUUGGUACGAUUUGGUGGUAGGGGAGGAAGGAAGGAUGGGGGCUGGCUGACUUGUUGUAUCCGUGCCACGUUUUUGAUCUGAAUAGGAUCAUCACGCGAUAGACAUCAGCGGCGGUGCCGGCAGAAGCAGAUAUCGGGGACCAUUCCCAGGAAGAAGAGCUGUGCGCUUUGCACCCAAGCAAAGACCAGAUGUGACCUUUUGACGCCAUCCUGCUCGAGAUGUAAGGGCAAAGGCCUUGACUGCCACUACUACCACCAACCACCCCCACAACACUCCUACCCCCAUCACCAUGCGGCAGUGGCAACAAUCCCCCUUCGCACGACAACUCUGGUCCACCGCCGCUCUCCCGCCCGCCUUCCGGAAGAAGUCUCCCUCCCAACCCCAGCGCACACAGACAACGGCCUGUCGGAGGAAUUCUCGGACGGGAGCCUCCGGCACGAUGGUAAUCACGGGAGCGGCGGCAACAAUAGCGGGAUGGGCGACGUGGAAAUAACGGACUGGGGAGAUAUAAACCACAACCUCCUGGAGUGGAACAUAUUCGCUGGAUCAGCCGGGGACAUGGAACUCCAUAGCGUAUGCGGAGUCGGGGGUGAAAGCCCCGUAUCACCUCCCUGCGCCUACCAACACCUUUACAAUCAGAACCACCUGGGGGACCCCAUGGGCCAGCAGAUGCGCCUCGCACCGCGGCAGGUAUCCAUAGAGUCGUUCAAGCAGAUGCGUAAGAUCCUUGUCGAAAACGUCCCCGCCCCGGGCCCCAAGAAGAAGUUCAUCUUCAUAGACAGGGUAUGCAGGGGGUAUCCGAAGAUGAUGACUGGCAGGAAUGGACCCCCGCCGUUUAUACAUUUGUCCCAUCUGGUCCCUGGGAGGAUGACGGCCGCACUGGCGAAUUGUAGGGGGUUGGUGGAUAUGUAUAAGGCUAUGACGCCGGAUAAUAAAUCGUUCGUUAUGAAGUCUAUUGCGAAUGAGCAUGGGAGGAUAUUAGCUGAGGCGGAGGUUGGCCUUCCCGCUUGUGACUACCUUUGCGAUAUUAUGGGGAAGGGUGGGAUCUGACAUGGGAUUUUACUGCUCGCUAGCACGUGCGGACGUAUGAAGUGGACAGAGUAGGUGUGCUACAGGCCGCACUUAUAUACGGACUAAUUCGACAUUUCGAGAGUGAUCCGACGUUUGAUAGAACUACUAUGGUUUCUAUAGAAGUACGUGCAUAUAUUCCUUUAGCGCUCGUAACACCAAGAGUUAACAACCCCUUCCUCCCUCCAGACAAUGGCGGUAAACGUCGGCAUAUCAAGUCUCUUCGCGGAGGGCGAACUAGAGGGCGUGAGGCCAGCCUGGGAAGACUGGAUCAUAGCGGAAUCCAAGCGCCGGUCCGCAUCCCCCCCUUCACCCCAUCCCCUUGCUAAGUAACUUUGACAGAACAAUGUUAGCCCUCUACAUGCUUGACGGCUCCUUCCACUACGCUCACAACAUCCCAACCUUUACCUGCGGUGAGCUCAACGAGAUACUUCUCCCGACCCCCACGGCCCUUUGGCAAUCGCGUGAGCGCUCCAAAUGGGAGUACGAAUACGAGAACUACCUCUCCGACCUUCGCGGCCGGCGACUCCCAAAGAUGGCAGACAUAUUGUCGACCGAGCGAACGUAUCUCAACAUCGAGGAGUGGGUCGGUGGGAUGGAUAACUUUGGCGUCACAGUUUUGGCUAUGGUGGAGAGUUGUCGGGAGGAUGUGCCGGAUGCGAUUGAAGAUGGGGGUGGUGGGGUUUAG